AUGGGGGCGCAGGGCAGUAAGAUAAAUUUUCGGCAAGCUGUUAUUGAUCUCACAUCGAAACACGGGAAGCAGAAUGAUGAAGCUUUUUGGGAGCAGCUAUGGUCUCCGGAAAAUGUUCAAAGUGUCAAUGAUGUUUUUGCCAUGAUUCCAGCUGAAGACAUAAGGAAACUGAGAGAAGACUCACCAAAAAAUCUAGCUACGUUGUGCUAUAAAACUUUGGAGAAACUACAACAUGCCAGAGAUCAUCCAAAUGAGUUGUCAGAAAGAAAGGUUAUUAAUUGCGUGCGACUGUUGACUCGGCUAAUGCCCUACAUGUUUGAAGAUGCGGAAUGGAGAGGUUACUACUGGUCCUCAGUGCCUUCUGGAGAUGGAACGGUGCCAAUGGCUAGUGUACUUUUGGGUAUUCUCGGUGACCUCCUAUUCUGCCCAGGCUUCACUGUGGGAGGAGUCAAAGAGAAGGUCACUGAUUUGUCUUCCCUCGAAACAUGUGAGCUCAUAUGGGAGGCUGGAGUUGGUUUUGCAAAUAAACCUGUAUCAAGCGCCCAGCUCGACCAAAAUCGAACUGAAGUUCUAAAGUUGUUGUUAACAUGCUUCUCGGAAGUAAUCUAUGCUCCUAUAACAGAUGAAACCCGUCUCCGGUGGGUCUCUCGUUUUACAUCGGCUGAGAAUCGACAUGUUCUUCCUUUGUUCACUUCGCUCCUUAACGUCGUUUGUGCGUAUAACCCAGUCGGAUUGGGUUUGCCGUACAACUACCUGCUCUUUAACGACUACCGAGAACCUCUUGUUGAAGUAGCAUUGCAGGUGCUUAUUGUAUGUUUGGACAAAGAUAGCCAACCACAAGCCGAUGAAAGCGGUUACUCAGAUAACUAUUUUAUAAAUUAUUUGGGAAGAAUCCAUCGGGAAGAAGAUUUUGAUUUUAUGCUGAAGGGUAUGACGAGAUUGUUAAGUAAUCCUCUACAGUCUACCUAUCUUCCGAAUUCCACCAAGAAAGUCAAUUUUCAUCAAGAACUCCUGGUUCUGUUAUGGAAAUGCUGUGAAUAUAACCAGAAAUUUAUGUUCUACGUCCUGAAGACCUCGGACGUUCUCGAGAUUCUCGUACCGAUUUUGUAUCAUAUUACUGAGUCGAGAAAUGAUCCAACACGCGUCGGCCUCAUCCAUAUGGGUGUAUUCCUGGUUCUGCUUCUAAGCGGGGAGAGAAAUUUCGGUGUACGUCUCAAUAAACCGUACAUAGCCAAAGCGGCAAUCGAUAUUCAGGCAUUCAGUGGAACUCAUGCGGACCUACUGAUAAUUGUUUUUCACAAGUUGAUUACCACGGGAAACCAUCGUCUCCAAUCUUUAUUCGAUUGUUUGCUUACUAUAAUUGUGAAUGUGUCCCCUUAUCUCAAAUCGCUUUCUAUGGUGGCAGCGAAUAAGUUACUUCAUUUGGUCGAAGCAUUCUCAACUCCUUGGUUCCUAUUCUCCUCACCGACUAAUCAUCAUCUAGUGUUUUUCCUUCUUGAGGUCUUCAACAAUAUCGUGCAGUACCAAUUUGAUGGAAACUCAAAUCUCAUUUACACUAUCAUCCGUAAACGACAAGUUUUCUAUCAGCUGGCUAAUCUUUCAACAGACGCGGCUUCAAUUUCUAAGUCUCUUUCUGGGAGAAAAGGGAAAGCUAGAGAUGAAAUGGUGGAUCAGUUGAAGAGCCCCACGGCUCCAGUCCCUCCUGAGGUCCCUUCAGGUUUGUUAGUUUCCUAUAAAUGCAGUUUCUAUAUUUUAUUGGUCCCUAUUGAGAAGCUUUUUCAAGGGUCUACUGCUGGUCUAGCUGCGACCCCACAAGUGACAAGCAUGCCGGAAUCUUCUGGAGAAACUGAUAGCAAGCCAGCUUCCACUGAAGAUUGGGUGCCCACAGCGGAAUGGGCAGAUCAGUGGAAAUCCAAGUUACCGCUGCAAACAAUCAUGCGAUUGUUGCAAGUUCUGGUACCACAAGUUGAAAAAAUUUGCAUAGACAAGGGCUUGACUGAUGAAACCGAAAUUCUGAAGUUCUUGCAGCAUGGGACAUUAGUGGGGCUUUUGCCAGUUCCGCAUCCUAUUCUAAUUCGGAAAUAUCAAGCAAACGCUGGCACAAAUCAUUGGUUCCGCACGUAUAUGUGGGGUGUAAUAUAUCUGCGUAACACCGAUCCACCGAUAUGGUAUGAUACUGAAGUGAAGCUGUUCGAGAUUCAAUAA